ACUUCCUCUGUGUUCACGCGAGACUUGUAGCGGGAAGUGGCCUGCAGCGCCGCCGUGUGUAGGCCGGGACUGAGGCCGGUUGCUGACUGCUUGUCUCCCAGUGACUUGCCGGAGCACAUGUGAGGAGCAGCCGCCACCAUGAGCAGCCGGGUGUGUAAGAGCUGCGGCUGUACCGACAUUGAUGUGGACGCGGCCCGGGGAGAUGCGGUGUGUACGGGCUGCGGCUCGGUGCUGGAGGACAAUAUUAUAGUCUCUGAGGUGCUGUUUGUGGAGACCGGAGGCGGAGGAUCCUCGGCGGUGGGGCAGUUUGUGUCGUCAGAAGGCAUUGGUAAAACUUCUACACUUGUCGGGGGAUUUCACACAAGUUUAGGAAAGGAAUCUCGAGCCCAAACACUACAAAAUGGAAAGAGACAGAUCCAUCAUUUGGGAGUCCAGCUGCAACUCAACAAACACUGUUUGGACACCGCCUUCAACUUCUUCAAAAUGGCCGUCAGCAAGCACUUGACCCGCGGUAGGAAGAUGACGCAUGUUAUAGCCGCCUGUCUCUACCUGGUCUGUAGGACAGAAGGAACUCCUCAUAUGUUACUUGAUCUCAGCGACCUUCUUCAGGUGAACGUGUAUGUCCUGGGGAAAACCUUUCUUCUGCUGGCCAGAGAGCUCUGCAUUAAUGCUCCCGCUAUAGACCCCUGUUUAUACAUUCCUCGAUUUGCACAUAUGCUGGAGUUCGGAGAUAAGAAUCAUGAAGUGUCCAUGACCGCUUUACGACUGGUCCAGAGGAUGAAAAGGGACUGGAUGCACACGGGACGGCGGCCAUCUGGGCUUUGUGGUGCUGCUCUCCUGGUCGCAUCCAGAAUGCACGACUUUCGACGAACUAUUAAAGAGGUCAUCAGAGUUGUAAAAGUUUGUGAAUCCACCCUGAGAAAAAGGUUAACAGAGUUUGAGGACACACCGACCAGUCAGUUAACGAUAGAUGAAUUCAUGAAGAUAGAUUUGGAGAAGGAAUGUGAUCCUCCUUCCUUCGUUGCAGGUCAGAGGAAGAUUCGGUUACAGCAGCUUGAACAAGAAUUGGCCAAAAAACUGGACGAUGUGGAAGGAGAAAUCACAUCUUAUCAGGACGAAAUAGAGAAUGAGUUGGAGAGUAGCCGGCCAAAGAAUAAAGGAAUGUACACUUCUUUCGGCAGAGAUGAUGACUCUUCCAGUAUGUUAGGAGAAGAUGACCGGGCAGACGAGGAGCUAGAAGCUGCUGCAAAUCACUUAAACAAGGAUUUUUACCAUGAACUUGCUGAAAAGACCAAAGUGCCCCAGUAUGAGCCUAUCAAGCCCAUUCCUAUAGAGACUCUGCUGGGGCCUCUCCCUACUGCGGCAAGCUUGGGCAUCACAGACAGCAUCAAAGAAUGCAUCGAAACCAAGGAUCAAGAAAAAUCUGGUGACAAUGCAGAAGAUGGAGAACUGGACCUUAAUGGGAUUGACGACAAUGAAAUAGACAGGUAUAUUCUGAAUGAGAAAGAAGCUGAAAUAAAGAAAGAACUGUGGAUGAGAGAGAACGCGGACUACCUGCGGGAACAAAAGGAAAAGGAAGAGAGAAUUGCAAAAGAAAAGGAGAUGGGUACUUAUAAAGAACAGAAGCCAAAAAAGUCUUCCAAGCGCCGAGCCCCCAUUCAAGCCAGCACAGCAGGAGAAGCCAUUGAAAAGAUGCUGGAACAGAAGAAAAUUUCUAGUAAAAUUAACUAUGAUGUUCUAAGGGACCUCAACAGCAAGGGAGGUAGCACCCCCAAACACGAUAACAGCGAGGAAGCCAUCACCGAAAACAAAAUGGCCCGCAGGAAAACCUCUGCCAACAGGAGCUUGACCGGUCCCAUCAGCAGCACAAACAAAAGAUUAAGACCUUUGGUUUCCACGCAACCACCUAAGAAAGCAGCACUGGAGCAGGAAUCCAGCAGCCCUGUGGAGAGCCAGGCUGUAGUGGUGGAGAGUGGACCAGUCACAUAUAACCCUGAGGAAGACAUAGAGGAAGAAGAGGAGGAGGAGGAGGAGGAGCAGCAUUGUGUCAGUGCAUUUCAGCUAUUAGGAGGCAAUGAUUACGGCUGUGAGGUGGAUGAUGAGGAUGGUUAUUGACUGACGCGGUUUGGAUCGCAGCGGGAGCUCAUCCACGUGUGAUCUUGUAUUAUAAGGACUUGUAUAUAUUAUGCUGUUCUGUGAUCAGCACUAAUGCAAAUAGUUAGAAUUUUGUAAGGUCAAUUACAAAACUCUUUGUUUCGGCCAGUUCUCCUUGGCCUUGGACCCAGAAGAACUUAUUGGGUUGCUAGUACUUGAAACCUUUGUUGUUGUAGCUUUCCCUUUUUCAUUUCUAUUAUUAUUAUUAUUAUAAUGGCGUAAAUAUGUUUUGAUAAAUCUGUACUUAGUAUUAAACCAGUGAGAGCAUGGAUUCAAAAAUU